AUGAAUGUUCUAAUAUAUAAUGGAAACGGUGUUUCAAAAGCAUGUUUAUCACGAACUUUUCAAUGCCUUUUUCCUUUCGUUGUGCCACAAUAUUCUAUGCGAUUUGUGGACGCUUGUACUCUAGAGCAUGAUCCUUGGCCAAGUAAUACCUCUCUUCUAAUAAUACCCGGAGGAAGAGAUUUGGGCUACUGUGGUUCAUUCAAUGACCUUAUUUAUCGGAACAUUACAGAUUUCGUUCGUCGGGGUGGAAGCUACCUUGGUCUUUGCGCGGGCGGCUACUUUGCGUCAGCCAAUGUUGAAUUUCGAAUGCCUGACAAAGAUUUAAAUGUCAUCGGGUCAAGAAAGCUUCAGUUUUUCCCAGGUACUUGUGCCGGCCCAACGUUUUCCGGAUUUGCCUAUGACAGUGAAGAGGGUGCAAGGGCCGCUCCUUUAGCAUUAGAACAAAUGGAAGGUUCAAAUUCGGCAACAACGACGACGACGCGCAUUUAUUACAAUGGAGGCGGAUCAUUCGUAAAUGCUGAAGCCUAUCCCAAGGUCCGAGUUGUAGCACGUUAUGCCGAAGUGGAAAAAGAGCGUUCAGCAGCUAUUAUUUAUAUACCCAUUGGUAAAGGGCAUGUCGUCUUGACAGGAGUUCACCCAGAGUUUGGUGCAGAUGGUAAUAAUACACUGGACGAACACGAUGAGCCAGUGCGAUUAGAACUCAUCGCACAUAUGUUAAAGCUUCUAGGGCUUAGGAUUCCCAAAAAUAUUUCGGAAUGCUGUGUCCAACCAAAGGUGACGGAUCAGUACUUAUUUCCUUGUAAUGAAUCCACAAGUUGGCUAUUUAAUUGGUUCAAAGAAGAUAAAAUCCAUAAUACCCUCUGUGAUAAAACCUACGACUUUCAUUUUAAAGAUGUCUCAGACCGUCAUACACUACCGAACGCUUCGCCGUCGAAUCAUGAUUCAAAUGAUGACUUAAACCAAGAAACAAAACCAUCUGUCUCUAUUUGUUCUGGUAAUGAGGAAAUCGAAUACGAGCAUACAAAGUCCCACUUUGACUACAAAUUGUAUCAAAAGAACUUGAAAGAUUGUCAUUUUGGCUCGCCCAUUCUUAUUUCUCCUGUCAUUCGUUCAACCCAAACGCUUUUUGAUAGCAAUCCAAAGUUCCUUGAAAGGCUCCCUACAGGAUUUACCGCAUUUGCUAAUUACCAAACUGCAGGAAGAGGAAGAGGACAAAACAUGUGGGUUUCCCCUUAUGGAGUACUAGCAUUUUCUUUUAUUGUGAAUGUUCCAUCCGAAAAUUUCAGUACAACCCCAGUAGCUCUCUUCCAGUAUCUUAUGGCCCUUUCUGUCGUCAAUGGUGUUAGAAACUACGCCCCUGGUUAUGAGGAUAUUCCCGUCUUUAUUAAAUGGCCCAACGAUGUUUACGCAUCUGUCAGUGAAGGUGAAUCUUUGCACCAGGAAAAGAGAUAUACGAAGCUUUCAGGAAUAAUUGUUACAUCUACAUAUGAAAACGAUGUCUUACAUUUGGUGAUCGGAUGUGGAGUGAACGUGAGUAAUCUGGGACCUACCAUAUCUUUGAAUACACUAGUCGACGAGUGGAACAAGCAACAUCCAGAGAGCCCUUUAGAGUAUUUCCGGUUUGAGAUUUUGUUAGCUAAGAUUUUUAAUUACUUUGAGCAUUAUUAUUACACACUUCUUCGAGAUGGGUUUGCUCGAAUCUUGCCAGAAUAUUAUCAGUAUUGGCUACACAAUAAGCAGAUCGUCAAUUUGCAAAGUGGUGAAAAAGCUAGAAUUAAAGGAAUCACAUCUGACUUUGGUUUGCUAAUUGCUGAGCUUCUCAAUCAUUCCGGAGUUGCUUAUGGCAAUAGUAUUUACCUACAGCCCGAUGGAAACAGCUUUGAUUUGAUGAAGAAUUUAAUUACCAAGAAGACAUAG